AUGAAGGCCUUCUCUACCAUUGCUCUCUUGGCCCUCGUGGCAUGCACGGCUUUCGCCGAAGAGACCGCCAAGAAAGACGAGAAAAAGGAAGAUAAGAAGGACGUCGAAGGCCGUGGUGGCGUCCUGGGUGGCUUGGGCGGUUAUGGCGCAGGCGUCGGACCCGGCCUUGCGGGCGCUGGACUUGGAGGCCCCGGGCUUGUCGGUGGCGGAGUAGUCGGCAGCCCAGCUCUUGUCGGAGCCGGUCUCGGGCAUGGAGUUGGCCUGGGACACGGCGUCGGCGGCGGCUUCCAGUCGGGAUACGGUGCUACUGCCGGAGGACACCAGGCUGGCUUCCAGAAGGGCGCCGCGGGACACAACCAGGGAUCCGGCGCCUUCGCUGGCGGCUCUGCCCAUAGGAACGUCAAUGCCUACAACAACAAACAGGGCUACAGUCACAGCUCGGGCAUCUCCUCCAGCGACAGCAAGAGCUUCGGUUCUGGCCACCAGCAGGGUUCCUCUGGUUUCCAGGGAGGCGCCGCCGGAAACCAGGCCGGAUUCGGACAGUCCUCUUCCGGAAAGGCGGCGGGAGUGGGCCACGUGGGCGUCGGCCUCCACGGCUAA